AUGUACGCAGCCGUGGAAAACAGUUCAGGAAGUGUUCCUGCAUUUCUCAUCAAACUGUGGACGCUGGUAGAAGACCCGUCAACCGAUGAACUGAUUCAUUGGGACUCUAGUGGUACCAGCUUCCAUGUGUAUGACCAACAGAGGUUCUCAAGGGAGAUCCUGCCCCUGUACUUCAAACACAACAACAUUGCCAGCUUUAUCAGACAGCUGAAUAUGUAUGGCUUCCGUAAAGUGACUCACAUUGACCAGGGAGGCCUGAAGAUUGAGAAGGACGACCUGCAGUUUCAGCAUCAGUACUUCCAGCGAGGAGAACGCGACAUGUUGCAGUUCAUUAAACGCAAACAGGUCUCGGCCCAGGGAAUGCGCACCACUGACCACCUGGUGGCUGCCAAGCCAGACGAGGUGUCCCGGGUGCUGUCCGAGAUGAAGCAGGUCAGAUCCAAGCAGGAGACCAUGGAUGAGAACUUGGAGUACAUCAAAAGGGAGAACAAACUGUUGUGGAGGGAGGUGGCCUUGCUGAGGCAGAAACACCACAAGCAGCAGCAGAUUGUCAACAAGCUGAUACAGUUCUUGGUGUCUCUGGUCAGCUCUAACAGGACAGGACUGUCCAUCCCAGCCAUGCGGCGGAUUCCCCUGGCCAUCAACGAUGUCGGCCAGCUAGUCGAUCAUCAGGGCAUGGACUCCUCCAAUGAGGCGUCUGCCCGAGUGCAACAAGCGGGGAACAACAUGAAUGACACAAACGCUUACAUCAUUGUCCCCCCCUCACCCGAGGACAUGAAAGAUGAGGCCAACGAUGUCCCCAGAUAUACUAUUGAAUCUAUGAAUCAAGGUGUGACACUCCCGCAGCAGAAUGCCAUUCAUCCCAUACUCACCUCCUCUCAUGGUGUGUCACCAGCACCAGCCAAGGGCCCUAGCAUCGUCUUGGUACCGGUGACCCAGUCGCAGCCCCCAGGGACAGCCAUGUUGACCUUGGGAAACCAGUCAGAGCCUGUCAAUUUCCUCAUGUCCCCUAAAAUCGAAGCUGCCCCGUCACUCGAGGACGCCCUCAACUUUGGGUUCAACGUGCCUACCAGUUCCAACCCAGUGACUCAAGCCGACACCCCUCUCCAGGCCCCCAGUUUGGGCCCUCAGCACAGGGUAGGGACCGUUACUGACAUCGGUCAGCAGCUGCUCAGUAGGAAAAGGAAGGGUGGCUCAGUGUCCGGAGCUCAUGCUGAACCAGGAGGCGGUCCAACCAAACGACUAAGUCCUUCCCCUCAGAGAGGCAACACUGGCGUUGCCGAGCAGAUCCAGCCCUUGUCUGAUGACCACGCAGCUUCUCUGACCAACAUCAUGAUGGCCAACUCAGAUCUGAACUCAGCGGGGUCAGCCGCCGCUAGCGUCAGCAACAGUGGGGAUUCUAGCCUGGCAGUUGCAUCCUCAAAGGAUGUUGAUGAGUUCACAAUAAGCUCUGACCAGCUAGAUCUCCUAUCCUCUGAUCUGGAUGGUUUGAAGGGAAUCCUACAGGACCAAUACAAGGUGGACCCAUCCUUUCUGAUGGAGCUUUUUGAUUCAUCAAACCCCUGGCCAGUUAUCCCAGAAAAGGACCUAGAUGAGUUAAAGUCUGAUCGAGAGAAAGAGGAAGCUGGCACAUCCGACCUAGAUCAUGGAAACAUUACAGGUACCGAGCUGGUGGAGUACACCUCCAAGGAAGACCUGUUCCCAGAACUCUUGGACGACAAUAUGAUGGGCGACAUUGAUGACAUCGACUAA